AAUGCCGCACACAUCCCUCACCUCCAAAUCCAUUCUUCCCAACAAUAUCUAGCUGCACCUGCGCAGGAGACCUAGCUAUAGCUACAGGAAAUCAUGGGGAACAUUGUCCUGCAGCUGCUCGCGAUUCUUGCACUCUGCAUUGCACCGGCGAGGUCCGGCUGGCUCCAGGGCACCGCCACGUUCUACGGCGGCGCCGACGGCUCCGGCACCAUGGGUGGUGCGUGCGGGUACGGGAAUCUGUACGACCAGGGCUACGGCAUCAACAACGCGGCGCUGAGCACGCCACUGUUCAACAACGGGGCGUCGUGCGGGCAAUGCUACCUCAUCAUCUGCAACUACGACAAGGCGCCCAGCGGGUGCAGGAUGGGCACGGCGAUCACCGUGACGGGCACCAACUUCUGCCCGCCCAACUAUGACCUCCCCUACGGCGGCUGGUGCAACACGACCCGCCCUCACUUCGACAUGUCCCAGCCCGCCUGGGAGAACAUUGGCAUCUACAGCGCUGGCAUCGUCCCGAUUCUCUACCAACAGGUGAAGUGCUGGAGAAGUGGGGGAGUGAGAUUCACCAUCACCGGGUUGAACUACUUCGAGCUGGUGUUGGUGACGAACAUGGCCGGGAGCGGGUCGAUCGCGAGCAUGUCGGUGAAGGGCUCAAGCACGGGGUGGAUUCAGAUGUCGAGGAAUUGGGGCGCCAAUUGGCAGUGUCUCGCCGGACUGGCUGGUCAGGCGCUCAGUUUCACCGUCACCUCCACCGGCGGCCAGACCAUCGUCUUCGACAGCGUCGUGCCGGCGGGGUGGUCGUUCGGGCAAACCUUCAGCACCUACCAGCAGUUCGACUACUAAGCUAUAUAUGUUCAGACAUCAGGAACAUCAAGAUCGUCGUCUGAAAUGUGAAUGUCUGAUCGAUCGAGCAUUCAUACUUCGUUUUCAUUUGUAAUUAAGCUAGAGCGCUCUAAGAUCGAGCAUUGUUUAUUGGGAUCAUUAAUUCAUUUGAUUGUUCAGUUGCUAA